CUGCUCGCAGGGCUCCUUUUUCAAAGAGCUGAAGAGAAAUUGCGGUAAUCGUCUCCCUCAGACAACCGUCUGUCCAAAAAACUGACUCAGAGACUAGUAUGAAUUUUAUGAAAAGACACCAGAUUCUAAAGGCUUAUUCUUCAAAUUAAUUGGAUUGGUGGGCAUGAGGACUUUGUCACUGCCAGAAAGAAGAAACUUGACUUUUUUCAUCUUGUUUCAAGGUCUCUGCCAAGUCUAAAAAUAUGUUUCCAAGUGAAGACUGGAACUCAAGUGAGCUGCUUAACAGCUCUAUUGGAAACUCCUCUAUGGAGGACACGGAGGACGAGGAGCACCCCUUCCUGACAGAUGCUUGGCUGGUGCCCCUUUUCUUCUCUCUCAUCAUGCUAGUGGGGCUGAUCGGAAACUCACUGGUGAUCUAUGUCAUCUCCAAGCACAGACAGAUGAGGACCGCCACUAACUUUUACAUUGCUAACUUGGCUGCCACUGACAUCAUUUUCCUGCUGUGCUGCGUGCCGUUCACUGCUACCCUCUACCCUCUGCCUGGCUGGAUAUUUGGGGACUUCAUGUGCAAAUUUGUUGCUUUUCUCCAACAGGUGACCGUACAGGCGACGUGCAUCACUCUUACGGCGAUGAGUGGAGACCGUUGCUAUGUGACAGUGUAUCCUCUGAAAUCCCUGCACCACCGAACCCCUCGUGUCGCAAUGAUUGUUAGCAUCUGUAUCUGGAUCGGUUCCUUCAUCCUUUCCAUACCAAUCUUCCUGUACCAGAGGCUUGAGGAUGGCUUUUGGUAUGGACCAAGAAAAUACUGCAUGGAGAGGUUUCCAUCAAAGACCCACGAGAAAGCUUUCAUCCUCUAUCAGUUCAUAGCCGUAUAUCUACUGCCUGUCAUUACCAUCUCCUUCUGUUAUUCCUUCAUGCUGAAGAGAGUGGGACAAGCCUCUGUGGAACCAGUGGAUAACAACCAUCAGGUCCACCUGCUCUCAGAGAGAACUAUCUCCAUUAGGAGUAAGAUUUCCAAAAUGGUAGUGGUCAUUGUUGUUCUCUUCACCAUCUGCUGGGGUCCAAUUCAGAUCUUUGUCCUGUUCCAGUCUUUCUAUCCCAGCUUCAAAGCCAACUACGCAACAUAUAAGAUCAAGACAUGGGCCAACUGCAUGUCCUAUGCCAACUCCUCUAUCAACCCUAUUGUCUACGGUUUUAUGGGCGCCAGCUUCCGCAAGUCCUUCAGGAAGACCUUUCCCUUCCUCUUCAGACACAAAGUAAGAGACAGCAGUGUCGCCUCCCGCACGGCCAAUGCAGAAAUAAAGUUCGUAGCAACGGAGGAGAGCAACACUGAGAGGAAAUGAGAGCGGAUGACACCUCAACCAUGAAUCCAUGCCAACUGUCUAGUCGCCGAAGCGCAGGCUUCCCCCAUAAAUAGGGAUUAUAUUCAGUUCGCUGAGAUGUGAAAAAAUUCUAAUGUGGUGCAAAAGGCCAUUUAGAAGGCAAAUAACUGCAAAAGUGCACAUAAAUUAUUAAAGUUUAUAAUUACAGCUGGAGUUUAGUAGUAUUAUUUAAAACUGGCAUCCAACCACUCUUAUGAUUGGCCUGGCUAUGUUACGAGAGCUUGAAUUUGUAAAAAUGUUUUAUGGAAAGCUAAUUUUACAGGGCGUAAGUUCACGGAUGGGGAACCAAACGGAUGUUCUGCCAGCGGAGAUGUGUAGGAGCUUGCCUGAGAGGAUGUUGACUAAAUCAAACAUGGCAACUGUUGACUCAUCUAUUGUGUUUGACAUAUACACGACACCUCCCUGUGCACACUUCCUCAUGAAACACCACUCCAAACUGCCCUUCAUCGGUUGUAUUUAUAUAUUCUGAGCAUUCUACCACACGGCUCAAGCUGAAGAGGUGUACUCACAAGGUAUAGACUCUCUCAAAGCACACCACUUCUCAAGAAUGAAAGAAUGUUGCUCAAAGCAUGCAAAUUAUGCUGCAACUACCAGCAAGGCAAUUGAGAUUAUUGUAGGAUAGACAUUGAGGGUUAACAAGCUUAAAUGAAAUUGAAGAUGAUAAAAAUAAUAUCAUUAAUGUGAUAAAUGUAAGAUUUUUUGCUU